AAGGCGAAGUCCUCUGCCGCCGCCCGCUGGAAUAUCCAGAGAGUGAUUUUUUUUUCUUUUUCCUCUUUCUUUUUCAUUUUUCCACUCAUUGUCCGUCUGCUCGGGCGUCCAUUUAUCAAGGAAUCUUUUUUUUUUUGUUCUCAUCUCCUAUUUCAUUCUUUUUUGUUUCCGUCCUCAGCUGUUUCUGCCGGCGGUCGCCGGUGGCCAUCGCCACCGCUGCCGUUUCAGAUUUAUUUGGCCAAUUUUUUUCAGUGGCCAAAAAAAUAAAUAAAAUGUAACGUAGGGGGAGCAGUUUUAGGUUAUGUUUUGAAUAGUAAAUGUAACGUAAAUUCAUAGAUUUUUUUUAAAGUAAAAAAAUCCAGUAAAAAUGACAGAUUGAAUGCACCACCCCCUUGGAUAAGAGAAAUUGCUGUGGAGCUGUUAAAUCAGGCAAUAAUUAAAAAUUAAAUUAAGACCCCUCCGUCCGUCUUCACGAGUUGGUUGACUCUGAACCCAAACACAGCUGCUGUGAAUCCCAGCCGUCGGUUAGAUCCAUCGCCGAUGGAGAAUUCUGAUGUGUUCGGUUCGUCUACAGCGCCUUUGACGUGGCACGAUUUCCUCGAGAGGAUGCGCCAUCCUUCCGCAGCGGAUUUUGUCAAGGCCAUCAAGAGUUUCAUAGUGUCAUUUCUGAACAAUGCACCAGAUGCUGAAAGGGAUAGUGAAGCAGUGCAGGAGUUCCUUGGAAAUAUGGAAGCAGCAUUCAGGGCUCAUCCCCUUUGGGCAGGAUCUACAGAGGAGGAGUUGGAGAGUGCUGGUGAAGGACUGGAGAAAUAUGUCAUGACAAAGCUAUUCACUCGUGUAUUUGCUUCGAUUCCUGAAGAUGUUAAAGCCGAUGAGCAGCUUAAUGAAAAGAUGGCUUUGAUUCAGCAAUUUGUCCGGCCUGAGAAUUUGGAUAUUAAGCCAACCUAUCAAAAUGAAACAUCAUGGUUGCUUGCCCAAAAAGAGCUGCAAAAGAUUAACAUGUACAAGGCACCAAGGGACAAACUUGUUUGCAUUCUAAACUGUUGCAAAGUCAUUAAUAACCUAUUGCUGAAUGCAUCUCUUGCUUCUAGUGAAGAUCACCCUGGAGCUGAUGAAUUUCUCCCCGUUCUCAUAUAUGUAACCAUCAAGGCUAAUCCACCUCAACUUCACUCAAACCUUGCAUAUAUCCAAAGGUUUAGACUACAGACUCGGUUGGCUGGUGAGGCGGCGUACUUCUUCACAAACAUGCUCUCCGUAGAGUCUUUCAUUACAAAUAUUAAUGCAAAAGCUCUUUCUAUGGAUGAUUUGGAGUUUGAAAAGAACAUGGAAUCUGCUCAGGCACUUCUUUCUGGUCUGAGUGAAAGUUCUGAUAAUUUCUAUGGCCAGACAAAUCAAAAUUUUGAUCUUGCUACCAAGGCAGAGUCAGCGGAUCAUGCAGCAACGCAUCCUCAUCCUCAUGGUGAGUCAUCAGAAACCAAAUCCGUCAUGAGUGAGGAAUUAUAUGGGAAAAAUGAUGCAUCACUAGAUAAAGCUCCAUCAAUAACAGACCUAGAAAAUAAAGGUGCAGCUUUGCUGUUGAAGGAAGAAGAGGCUAAGCAAAUCUUUGUAGAUUUCCCAUACUUGUAUUCCAAGGCUGGCGAUCUGAUGGUUAGUGAUAUCGAUGAUCUGCUAAACAACUAUAGGCAACUGGUGAUCAAGUAUGUAUGUCUUGCAAGAGGUUUAGGUGUGGCAAUUCAAUAUCCGUCAUUCAGCACUCAGGUGCCAAAUUUUGAGCAACCUGAAAGUGAAGCUCCAAAGGAUUUGGAAAUAAGGAAAGAAGCUUAUCCUAAAAAUAGUAUGCAGAGGAACUCGGAGUUAAAUCUGGAGAACACCAAUUCACAUAAGCAGGAAGAAGCUUCCGAACAAGACUGAAGCUGACCAAGGGUAGGUAAAUUUUCUCUUUAAAUUUUACUACCAUCGUUUACAUGAUGCAAUGGAGAAAAAUGAACUCUUGGAUUGAUAUACUAGUUUCUAAAACUGGUUUUUGAAGUUCAUUUUUGCCCUCAAAUUAGGAUUAGCUGAGGUUUCUGUAAUCUAUUGAUGGAUAAUCUGAGGUAAAUGAAGAUAUGAGCAUGGAUGGAAAGAUCCAGGGUAAGUGAAGGUAUGAAUAUGUUAAACAUAUGUUGUGACUCAAGAAUGUAGCAUGCAAUUGGUUUUGAAUGACUAUUUAGUAUGAGUGAUUUAGAAUGGAAUGAUUUGUCUAAAGAGAGAGAGAGGAUUAGAUUAUGAAAUGAAUAAAGAAUAUGUUAGAUUAUGAAGUCUGAUUAAAGUCUCAAGUCUAGGAAUGAGGUUAAGGUAUUACCAGCGUGGGUGGGUAGGUCAGUUGUAGGCUUAGGAUUGCAAUUUUAUAAAUAUACAUAUAUAUAUAUAUUAACACUUUAUGAUCGUGUGCAUUGCAGUUUCUGUAGUAAAAUUUCUGGUUUGCUUUGAUAAAUAUAGAUGAGUUUGAACUGAAUAACUAAAUUUCAUGUUCCUCAUUGUUGCAUUCUAUUCGGGUUCCUAUUUAUGUUAACAAAGAAAUAUGUUGGAGUUGGUUCUUGGUUCAGAGAGAGAGAGAGAGACCCCUUGUUGUUAAAGACAAGCAGAGCAGGCAGGCAGGCUUGAAGCACAAGAAAACUAGAGGUGUGUAAGAGUAGUACUAAUAAUAAUAAGAUAUAUGUGGGGUUGAGUUGAGUUGCUUUUAUUCUUGCCUUUCUGUGUCGGCAUGCCAAGCUUCGACUAUGUGUAAAUGUAAAUAAUUAUUGUUGUGUUUCGGCUUUUUUAAAUAAUUGCUGCUGAGAUUUUCAUUUUCA